CUCUGAUCGCCGCCUGCGUGCCCCGCCACUCCCCGUGGCCAGAAGGCCCCAGGGAACGCACAGCCCGACCUCUUAGGCGCCGGGACCCUCAGGCUCAGAUCAGUGGCCGAGGCCCCAGAGUGGCUCCGGAAGCCUGGUUGGCAUUGACAACAAAAUCGAGCAAGCCAUGCUCACAGGAGACCCCUCAAGAGGUGGUCACUGGCCCACAGCCCACCCCGUCCUCCACCUGCCACCUCCACCGUACCAAAUGCUGGCUCUGCUCUCUCCUCCGUGUUUGUCCUGUCAAGAGAGAUGGUUGUGGUCAUGAAGUUCUUCCGAUGGGUUAGACAGGCUUGGCAAAGGAUUAUUUCCUGGGUUUUCUUCUGGAGGCAGAAAAUUAAACCAACCACCUCAGAACACCCUGGCUCCAAGAAACACUCAUUGAAGAAGAUGGAGAAGACUCUCCAGGUGGCUGAGACUUUGAGGUUGGUCGAGUCCCCAAAAGAGGCUAAACCCAAGUUGGCUGAGUCCCCCAAGCUGGCAGAUCCCUGCGUGUUGGCCAAGACUACAGAGGGGACCAAGGUGGAGCUGGGCCGACAGGGCCGAUCCCUGCUGCAGCUGCCGAGGACGGCCGUCAAGUCUGUCUCUACGCUCAUGGUCUCUGCCCUGCAGAGCGGCUGGCAGAUGUGCAGCUGGAAGUCAUCAGUGAGUUCUGCCUCAGUCAGCUCCCAAGUGAGGACUCAGUCACCUAUGAAGACGCCAGAGGCUGAGAUGCUGUGGGAGGUGUACCUGGUGCUGUGGGCUGUUCGGAAACAGCUGCGCCAGCUGUCCCGCAGGCAGGAGAGGCACAGACGGCACCAUGUCCGAUGCCACGCUGCCCCUCGACCCAACCCGGCUCAGUCCCUGAAACUGGAUGCCCAAAGUCCCCUCUAGGGGGGGAACCCCAGACCCUCAGAGAGUCCCAACCUCAUUCUUACCUGGGGUCCCAUAUAAGCCCCUUCAUUCCCCUUCAUUCCAUGUAUUCCAUUUGUAAAAAAAAUUAUCAAAAUAUUGGGAAAUAAAUAUCAGAUAGUUCUGAGUCA